UUCGAGACUAUCUUUCCAUUUCCAUUCUGGGGACAAAAGGUCAGAGCCUGGGACUGGCUCCCCCUCCCGUCUCACUCGAGCCAGAUGGGGAGGCAGGAACAGCUCUGAUCCCUCCAAACCCAAGUAGAGAUUUCUGACCCAGCUGUCACAGCUCUAAGACACAGGGACAGAAGGUGAGGCCAGGAGAGGCAGGAAGAGUUGGCAGAGGCGAGAUAGAGAAGAUAAGGAGGCUGAGGCACCAGGCGGGACGGGAAGGAGGGGGAGCCUUCUUGAGAUCCGUGCCUGGUGAACCCUGCCCUGGCCCCUCCAUGCAGCUUCCCAUGGGCCCUGCCUGCAUCUUCUUGAGAAAAGGCAUCGCUGAGAAACAGCGGGAAAGACCACUGGGACAAGAUGAGAUCGAAGAGCUCCGGGAAGCAUUUCUUGAGUUUGACAAGGAUCGAGAUGGGUUCAUCUCUUGUAAGGAUCUGGGGAAUCUCAUGAGGACAAUGGGUUACAUGCCCACGGAGAUGGAACUGACUGAACUGGGCCAGCAAAUCCGCAUGAACUUGGGUGGCCGUGUAGACUUUGAGGACUUUGUGGAGCUGAUGACCCCCAAGUUGCUGGCGGAAACGGCUGGGAUGAUCGGUGUUCAAGAGAUGCGAGAUGCCUUCAAGGAAUUUGACACCAAUGGAGAUGGGAAGAUCACCCUGGGGGAGCUGCAGCAGGCCCUGCAGAGACUCCUGGGAGAGAAGCUCACCCCCCGGGAGAUCGCCGAGGUUGUCCAGGAAGCCGAUGUUAAUGGAGAUGGCACCGUCGACUUUGAAGGUGACGUUGGAUGAGGGCAGGAAUCCACCUCCGACCGCGCGUGUGAUUUUCCAAGUCGGCCGUUCCUUCUCACUCUUCCCUCUGUUUUGGGGCUGGGGGGCGGGGGCGGCAGGUUUCUGAAGCAUUUAUUCCAUCCCUUUCUGCUCGUGUCAUUACAAAGAGCUCAGCCUCUCCCACCUCUCCUUAUAUUUGCACCUGGCUACUCCUUGUCCAGUGACCUGUUUCUUCUCAUGCUCGGUCCGGACUCACUUCCGCCUCUCCCAUCCCUUCCGUGUUCCCUGGGCAUCUUUGUCACAGGAACAAAAUGUCCCGUCAGGAGGACAGUGGACUGGCUCAUAGCUGGCCUCUGGGGUCAGAUUCAUGGGUUCAGGUUCAGGAUCAUCUCUUACGAACUAUGUGGUCUUAUCCUAGUCACUUCCUCACUUUAAGUGUCAGUUCUCACAUCUGCAAAAUGGGGAUAAUGGUGAUGCCUUUCACUCGAAGUUUUAGAGAAAAGUAAAGAAAUGACACCCUACGUGCCCCCAACCCCUGUCAUUGCUCGUGUCGGUCUUCCCGUCUAGAAUACCCUUUCUUCUUUCCGCUGGAUAACUCUUAAUUAUGCUUCUGGAAGGUGCCCCCCGCCUCUCUCACCAGGCUCUGCGUCCCUUUUCUGUGGGGCCCCAACGCCCGUGCGUGCCUCUGCGG